AUUACAUCCCUCAUAGAAAACAAAUACAUUUCCUUACAGGCCAUUGUUAGAAAUAAAAUGAGCGAAGUUAAUAAAAUUUCUAUUACAACUGAUAUCGCGACAGUUAUGAACGCAACUAGAAGUUUUAUUGUACUAACAGCUCAUUAUAUCGAUGAAGAAAAAAAAUGCAUGAAUGCAAUGUGUCUAGGAGUAAAAAAUCUCACUCCUCAUCAUACUGCAAUUAAUAUUUGUGCAGAUUUAAAUGAAAUGCUCGAACAUUGGAAUAUUUAAAAAAAAAGUAUAGUUUCUGUGACUACAGAUAAUGGUGCAAACAUUGUCGCUGGAAUAAAAAUGUUAUUAGCAAAAGAAAAUCCAGAAACUAACAUCCAUGUGCCAUGUCUAGCACAUAAUAUUAAUUUAGUGGUAUGCAAAGCACUUGGCGCUAUUGAUGAUAUUGUUAACAUCAUUGACAAAGUAAAACAGAUUGUUGCUUAUUUCAAGCAUAGUAAUGUUGCCCAAGAUAACAUGCGAAACGAGCAAAAAAAAGAUGGUAAAGGUGAUGGCACUUAUUUGUAUUUAAUACAAGAAGUAGCCACAAGAUGGAACUCAACGUUUUACUGCCUAGAAAGAUUCCAAUUAUUGUCAAAGUACGUGGGCAAAAUUUUGUCCUGUUCAACUCAUAAAAAUGCUCCGCCUAUGGUUACACCACUUGAGUUGGCAAUAAUUGAAGAAUGUUUAUUAUUAUUACGUCCAUUUGAAGCAGCAACGAAAGAUAUUUCUGGGGAGAAAUACAUAUCCGGAAGCUUAGUGAUUCCUCUCGUACAUUGUGUAAAAACUUCGUUACAACGAAUCAAUGUUACUAAUGAAAUAACACAGAAAUUAAAAGAAGAACUUUACGAGCAAACAGAAAAAAGAUUGGAUUCAUAUGAAAAAAAUUUAUUAUUAUCAGUAGCAACAAUUCUAGAUCCUAGAUUCAAGAGAAUUCAUUUUGCAUCACCAUUAAAUGCUGCAAAUGCUAUUAGAUAUAUAAAAGAGCAAAUACGUUGUCAAGGGGCAUUAACUCCGCCUAGAAUGGAGACUUCUCUAGAAAAAAAAGAUCAAGAAGAUAGUAUUUGGAAUAUUCAUGAAGAAGUUGCAGCAAAAUAUACAACAGAUCCACAAAGUCUUGAAAAUCAAGGCCUACUUACAGAAUUAAAACUUUAUCUUGAUCAACCCAUUUUAUAUAGAAAUCAUGAUCCAAUACAAUAUUGGGUAGAAAGAAAGAGUGCCUUCCCAGCAACAUUUCCAGUUGCCAUGAAAUUUUUAAUAAUUUUAGGAGCAUCUGUUCCAUCCGAGAGAUUAGUUUCAACUUUAAAUAAUGUUUGCUCCGAUCAUAGAAGUCGGUUGACUCCCGAGCAUACUAAUCAAUUAGUUUUUCUAGGCUCGAUAGAUAAUAGUUAUUGGAGAUUGUAAUAAGAUUUUCAUUCGCAUAUUGGAAAUUACAAUAAAAAUUUUAAUUAAACGAAAA